AUGGAAAAUCUUCCUCCGAAUCCGAUCUCUUCGAACGUCUCCUGCACAGCCCAGGAGGCGCAUUGUUUGCCCGCAAAUGACAAUGGGACCAAUUCGACAGGGCCGGGUCCAUACCCUGACUUUUACAUUGCUAUCCCCAUCAUUUAUUCGGUUAUAUGUGCUGUUGGGUUAACGGGUAACACUGCUGUCAUUUAUGUUAUCCUCAAAGCUCCGAAAAUGAAAACAGUGACAAACAUGUUCAUACUGAACCUAGCCAUCGCCGAUGAACUUUUCACGCUGGUUUUACCCAUAAACAUUGCUGACUACCUGCUGCUUCAGUGGCCCUUUGGCGAGCUGAUGUGCAAAUUAAUCAUUUCCAUUGAUCAAUACAACACUUUCUCCAGCAUUUAUUUUUUAACUGUCAUGAGCAUUGAUCGCUACCUGGUGGUCCUGGCCACUGCCAGGUCCAAGAAAAUGUCCUAUCGCACUUACAGGGCGGCUAAGAUAGUCAGUAUAUGCGUUUGGCUCUUUGUUACUGUCAUCAUUUUGCCCUUCACAAUUUUUGGCAAGAUCCACGAUGACGAAGGCAGACUACAAUGUGUCUACGUCUUUCCAGCUCCUGAGAUUCUGUGGUGGAAAGCUAGUCGGAUCUAUACUCUCCUCAUGGGAUUCACCAUCCCGGUGUCCACAAUUUGCAUCCUGUACUCAAUGAUGUUACUCAAGUUGAGAAACAUGCGUUUGAACACCAACGCCAAAGCUCUGGACAAAGCGAAGAAGAAGGUGACAUUAAUGGUGAUGAUUAUCCUAGCAGUCUGCCUUUUCUGUUGGACGCCUUACCAUUUGAGCACGAUCGUGGCAUUAACAACAGAUAUUCAACAGACCACACUCAUCAUUGGAAUCUCCUACUUUAUCACUAGCCUGAGCUAUGCGAAUAGUUGUCUUAAUCCUUUCCUUUAUGCCUUUUUAGACGAUAGCUUCAGAAGGAGCUUUCGAAAACUGGUAGAAUGCAGAACAGCACCCUAA